GGAUAAAGUGCUGAUCCAUUGAAAGAUUUGGAGAUGAUGCAGCUACCGCACGGCGUGGAGGCAGCGAUCUCGCGCGUCCUGCCGUCUGACGACGUGCUAGAUCGACCCGAGUUCGAUUGUGUUGACUUCAUCAACCGCAACUUUCCUGACGAGCAAUCCCUUGCGGACAUCGAGCCCUUUGUGAGUCGCUUGAAUGGACGGAUGAAGGAGCUCGACGAAAAUUUGUCCCAUGCGUCGCAAGAGCAGUCGUUGGCGGCGUACCAAGCAUUGGCGGAUCUAAAGGAGGCACAACAAGCAGUGACUCAAUUGUACACAAAGAUCCAUGACAUUCGAGGGAAGGCGGAGCAGUCCGAGGUCAUGGUACAGGAAAUUUGCCGCGACAUCAAACAGCUCGACUACGCGAAGCGGCAUUUGCAGACCACAAUCACGGCGCUCAAGCGCUUGCACAUGCUCGUGACAGCCGUCGAUCAGUUGGAGUAUAUGGCGUCCCAACGACUGUACAAGGAAGCCGCGAGUCUGCUCGAGGCCGUCAACAGCCUGUUUACCCACUUUGAAGGAUUCACCAAGGUCGGGAAGAUCAUGGAGCUCCAGCGCGCUGUGAACGCUAUCCGCGCAGACUUGGAAAAACAAAUAUUUGGUGACUUUCAGAUUGUGGGUCCGUUGGCUACGCUGGAUUCGAUUGCCAAGGACGAAGGCGAGAUGCAGCGCCUGUUCGCCAACUUGGCCACAGCAUGCUUGAUAGUGUCGGCGCUAGGGAAGGCCACGCGGAAGAAAUUCAUCCAAACAUGGUGCGCUGAUCAAUUGGCGCCGUACGAGAAGGAGUUUGGCAGCAUGACGUCUCCGUCUGGGUCGCUGGCGAACAUGGAUUCUCGAUUCACAUGGUUCUUUCAGCUUGUGGGGGCCAUCGAGCCCCGCAUGGAAGCGAUUUUCCCAACGCAUUGGCAAAUGGGUCGUCGCUUGUGCAUCUACUUUUGCGACCGCACACGCACGCACCUGUUGGCCCAGCUUGGCGCGGUGGCGUCGGACGAGUUGGACGUGACGUCGCUUUUGAAAGCGCUGCAAAAGGCGCUCAUGUUUGAGCGAGAAAUUGUUCAACGCUACGAGGGGGGGGCAACCGACGAUGACAAACCUGACUUGAACGACAAAGGGCAAGUGAUUGACCCUGCGUCUGCUGAGGGCAUCAAGCGCCGGCUCCUUCGACAAAAGCGUCUGGCGGAGCAAAAUGCCAUCGCCGAAGAGCUCAAGAAGAAGCGCACGAUGGAAGGGGAGAUGGGUGUGGCUCACGAGCCGGAGGAGGUCCUUCCGUCACUGAAUGGGAUGCUGUCCAAGUCGUUUGACCCAUUCAUGACGGCGUACGUCGCCCUGGAGCGCAAGAACAUGGAAUCCAUGAUGCACGAGGUCAUGGCGUCCGAGAUCGUCGACCGCAAUGGCGCGCUGCCGGUGCUGUCAUCGUCGGUACACAUGUUUGCAUACAUUCGCAAUAGCGUGAAGCGGUGCACGGCAUUGACCAUUGGCCAAACGUUUUUCGACCUGCACUUGGAGUUCAAGUAUUGCCUCGGGCUGUACGCAAGUCGGUUGUUGGCCAAGCUGCCGGGGUUUGUCUCGGCUGGUGACUCCCCGGCCACGCAAACGCAGGCAGCCAAGUGGCGGCUGGGCGACAAGCAGGAAGAGGAGCUGUGCUUUGUCAUCAACACGGCGGAAUACUGCGCGGAAACGCUGCCGUCGCUGGAAGACGCGAUUCGCGCCAAAGUCGACAAGGCGUUUGCGGAAGCGAUCGACCUCUCGAAAGAAAUCGACACGUAUCACGACGUGGGUGCAGCUGCAAUGAAGUGCAUCGUGCUUGGGAUCGACAACGUGCUCGACGACGAAUGGACCAACAUGCAAAAGAUCAACUGGAGCGCCGUGGAAACUGUAGGCGACGAAAGCACAUAUGUGCUGGCGAUUGCUGACAAACUCCGGCCGUACGUUCCGACAUUGCGCAGCAUGCUCUCGAGCUUGUACUUUACCAACUUUUGCGACAAAUUUGCUGCGUCCGUCGUGCCCAAGGUGCUCCAGAGCAUCAUCAAGUGCAAGCGCGUCAACCAAGUUGGGACCCAACAGCUCCUCUUGGACGUGUAUGCGCUAAAGACUCUGUUUCUGAACCUGCCAGUGAUGGGAAAAGAAGGCGAGGUAGGUGCAUGCUUGUGUUUUUGAAUUGGGCUGCGCUCGACGCGUCCGCAGGUGGGGGCUCCAGUGGUGCCGGCCCGAUACACGAAAUUCGUCACAAACGAAAUCGCCCACGUCGAAGCCGUGCUCAAGUUGAUCGGAACACCCAAUGACAUGCUCGUUGAGAGUUUCAAGAUCAUGUGGCCGGACGGGACGGCCGAGAAUUUUCAAAGCAUUUUGAACAUGAAGGGGUACGUACUGGUUGUUGGCAGCGAUAGCAUGCCGCCAGAUGAGUGGAUUUCACAGCAUGGUACGGGCUGUAGUCUGAAGCGGCAAGAGCAGCUUGCUCUCUUGGAAGCCCUCGGGUUGCAGCAGCGAAAGACCCCCGCCGCCGCAAAGCUCAUCGAAGGCAAGAUGACCGACAUGACAGAAAGCUUGAAGUCGAACAUGCAGAAAAUGGCCAAGGCGAGCAACCCGUUCAACUACAUAAACACAAACAAUUAGAGCAAUGUAGCGUUGUGGGGUUGCAUGGCGAGUUGCGUCGCCGAGAUGGUUUGCCAUGGAGCACACCAAGGUCCCGCCGUUCGACCCACAUCGCAUCCUUGGCAGCCAUGGCCACGAUCGGUUGAAGGUGGAUCGACGUCAAACUUUGCGGACGCUUUGAGAUCGACAGGCUUUAUCAUGAACGUGACAAUCGUGAUCUA